AGAAGCAGCUCUGCUCUGUGGCGGGACAGUCCGGGGGCCUCUGCUCUGAUCUGAUCACCUUCUGGGAUGGAGUGUGGAUGGAAAUCUUCGAGGGACAAAGAAUUAAAAAUGCGGUUGUGGUGGAUUUUGCUGUUUGGUUUUUGGAGCGUUUGUGGGGAACUGCCGUUUAUAGCCGAGAACAACGCAGCUAUGCUGGUCAACUGGAACGCUGUCGAUGGGAAUAAAAAGCUUUAUGCCGUGUAUGAUACAAGCGUCAACGAACCGGGCAACAUGUCUUUUGUCAAAGAGACUGUGGAUAAACUACUGAAGGGAUAUGAUAUCCGCCUCCGGCCGGACUUUGGUGGUGCACCGGUUGCUGUUGGCAUGACUUUAGACGUGGCGAGUAUAGACAUGGUGUCAGAAGUUAACAUGGUAAGUUCAACACUAAUUGUUGCUGUUGUGAUGCUAUUUUUGAGUUGUCUACAUUAAUACAAACUUAAUUUCGGAGUUGCAACAUUUUUUACUUGUAAAAGCUGUUUUCUUCGUCCCAUGUUUAUUAGCAUGUCCAUUCUGAAUGUUAAAGAAGAGUUUAAAUGGAAACCAUCCAUGAAAACUGAUCAAACUAAUA